AGAAUCGCAGGCCGAUAAAGGGAGAAUCAGAUGACAUGGUCGCGCUUAAGGGCCGCACCUGGAUCUACACAUCGUAUGGCGACGACGCGAAGUCUAUCAUCACCGCGACUAAACCUGGUAAAUCCUCACCCUACCACAUGACCAAACUCUUCCAGCCAGCUCGAUUCCACCUAGUAGCGGGUACAAAGCACAUUCGAAUGAACUACACGAAAGAUGUAAUUGUUUUAGAAAGUUUAUACUGCUGCCUCCGACGUUUGCUCCCCCCUAGACAUAAACACCCGAUCCGUUGGCAGGACCUAGAGGGCCACUGGGUCAGCAACGUGCAACACCUUGCGCUAAGCAUUGCCGGUUGUAGACACAGCGCCGAGAAGAUCAUCGCAACACUACCGAAGCUCAAGCACUUGUAUCUCAUCGUACAACGUGAUCAGAAGUGUAGCCAUGGCUCGCCACGGGAAUGGACGAACUUCGACAAACAGCAGCACAUGACAAAACACAAUUUCAUGCAUUUCGACCACUUCAGGGCUCUUCAUCCAGACAAGGCCAUUAAUUCCUGCGAGUGUGAAACCAACCCUACACGAGCCUUUGCCGUCGAGCGUGCCUUCAAAAGAGCAUUCCUUGCUGAGUAUAAGGCCGAUAAUGUGGAAAUCGUCGUUGUUGCAGAUCCGUAUUGAUUGGCUGGCAAGUGCGACGCGACGGGCUAGGCACGGACCUUCCCGCCGGCAACAGGCGCCCGACCCCGCCUAUCCGGUGCCAUCGCGGACCGUCACUCUUCGAC